GUACCUCUCUCUUGCAUAUGCGGCCAGUUCAUAUCAUUCCACUUACGAUUAGGGGAACAUGUUCAGAUAUAGCAUAGAAUCUCCCAAGUAAACAAUAUUUCUCAUGAUUUUUCUAAGAAUGGGGUUAAACUUCUAAGCAUGUAUAGAGUUUCAUCGGUUUCUGAUUUGUGGGGUUUUUUGCUCACACGUUGUGUAGUGUGUAAAGCUUAUUGUUACUAGGAGACUUCAGAAUAGAGAUUCAAGGGCCGUCAGAUAGUUCCUUUUAAAGCUCUAAGCAGAUGGAAUCUUCAGUUGUGAAACUCUGGCCCCCAAGUCAAAGUACCCGAUUAUUGCUUGUGGACAGAAUGACAACAAACCUUAGCACCCCGUCCAUUUUGUCCAGAAAGUACGGGACUCUGUGUCAGGAAGAGGCAGAAGUGGCAUCAAAAGAAAUAGAGUCUAUAGCUUUUGCAGCAGCAAACAAACACUUUGAGAAGGAGACAGAUGAAGAUGGAAGCUCCGCUGUGCAACUUUAUGCCAAGGAAUCAAGUAAGCUUAUGUUAGAGGUUCUUAAAAGAAAUCCAAGAGCUCUGGAGGAUGCAGAAGGUGAAGUCAAAGCAUCUAAAGAAGAAACAGUUCUUGAUCUAUCUGGAGGUCAAAGGGCUUUCAUUGACUCCGAAGAAGCUAAAAAUUUGUUGAAACCUCUGAAGGAACCUGGGAACAAAUUUACAAAGAUUUGUUUCAGCAACAGAAGUUUUGGGUUGGAUGCAGCCUAUAUUGCCCUGCCUAUUUUAUCCUCACUUAAUGAACAACUAAUUGAGGUAGACCUGUCGGAUUUCAUUGCUGGAAGACCAGAGUCAGAAGCCCUUGAAGUCAUGGAAAUCUUUUCAUCUGCUUUGGCAGGGUGUCAACUCAGGUAUCUCAACCUGUCCAACAAUGCACUGGGAGAGAAGGGUGUGAGAGCUUUUGGUGAACUUCUCAAAUCUCAACAGAACUUAGAGGAGCUCUAUUUGAUGAACAAUGGCAUCUCAGAGGAAGCAGCAGAAGCAGUUUGUGAGCUCAUCCCUUCAACUGAGAAGCUUCGGGUACUUCAUUUCCACAACAAUAUGACUGGGGAUGGCGGUGCAUUUGCUAUCUCUGAACUCUUAAAGCAUUCCUCUAUACUAGAAAACUUUCGAUGCUCAUCUACAAGGGUGGGGUCUGAAGGUGGGAUUGCUUUGGUAGAAGCACUCGGGGGAUGCACUCGCUUAAAGAAGCUUGAUUUGAGGGACAACAUGUUUGGCACUAAAGUCGGUGUUGUUUUAAGUGGCGUAUUGCAUAGGUUUUCGGGUUUAACUGAAAUAUACCUUAGUUAUUUGAAUUUGGAAGAUGAAGGGUCCAUAGCCAUUGCAAAUGUCCUCAAGGAAUCUGCUCCGUCACUCAAAGUCUUGGAAAUGGAUGGGAAUGACAUCACGGCCAAAGCUGCUCAUGCUAUUGCAGGUUGCAUAUCUGCAAAGCAAUUUCUUACCAAGUUGAGCUUGGCAGAAAAUGAACUGAAGGAUGAGGGUGCGGUUAUCAUUGCCAAGGCAUUGGAGGACUGUCACGAUCACCUGUUAAAUGAAGUGGACAUGAGCACUAACUUGAUACGAAGGGCUGGGGCCAGGUGCCUGGCUCAGGUUGUUGUCAGCAAACCAGGAUUUAAGGUGCUUAAUAUUAACGGAAACUUCAUAUCUGAUGAGGGUGUUGAUGAGGUUAAAGAAAUUUUUAAAACCUGCCCAAGUUUGCUUGGCCCUCUGGAUGAGAAUGAUCCGGAAGGUGAAGAAGAUUCUGAUGAAGAAGGCAUUGAUGUUGAGGUUGCUAAUGAUGAUAUUGUUGAGAAUGAAUUGGAAUCUAGGCUGAAGCACCUUGAAAUCAAACAUGAAGAAUAGCCACAUUGCAGGUCUGCGCUUGAUCAUACGAAUCUGGAAUCUCAUGUUAGCUCGUAACCAAUUUGGUGUUGGUUUUAGACUAAAAUUACUUGUUAUGUGUGUUUUGUAUGAUGCUCUUGUUGUUUGUUCUGCGUGGGCGCAUUUUUUGAACUGCCCUAAGUUACAAAAAAAUUGGUAUCUUUGCCUUCAUUUUAUUAUUUUCGCUAUAUAAUUUGCAAGUAAACGUUGCCUAAGAAUCCAUUGAGUCAAAUGCUUCUUGCAUCACUCGG